AUGUUAGGAGCUUCAGUCUUCCUGCCUGUCGCGGCCGCUGUCCAGGCUGUCUUUGGCACCCCCAUCCAGCCGCGUACUGCCUAUGCAGUGAAGGAGACACACCGCGUGCCCCGUAGAUGGGUAAAUAUCGGUCGGGCGCCGGCCGAUAGGACGUUGAAUCUGCAGAUUGGUGUCAAGCAGGGCCAAUUCAGCGAGUUGGAACGCCAUCUAUAUGAAGUCUCUGAUCCGAAGCAUGCUCGCUAUGGCCAGCAUCUUACCUACGAGGAAGUCAACGAGCUCGUCAAGCCAUCCGACGAUACUCUGGAUCUCGUCCACCAGUGGCUGGAGGCCAAUGGCAUCGUUUAUGUCUCCUAUAGCCCUGCUAUGGAUUGGAUUAACGUCGAUGUGGAUGUCGCUACCGCCGAGCGUUUGCUGGACGCCGAAUACUACAUCUUCCAGCAUGAAGAUGGCACUGAAUUGAUUCGCGCCCCGGAAUGGUCCCUGCCAAAGCAUCUCCAUGAGCAUGUGGAUGCCAUCCAGCCCACCACCUCUUUCAUGCGUCCUGUCAAGAGAGCCGACGUGGCAGCAGUCCCUAUCCCUUGGCCCUACCCAGGCCUGCACAGCCCCACCUCUCCCGCGCUGAAGAAGGCGUGCACAAUCAACGGCACCACUCCGGACUGCUUUUCCACACUAUACCAGACAAAAGGAUAUGUGCAAAAGGCUGCAGGCAAAAAUCAGAUCGGGUUCAACAACUUUCUCGGCGAAAUCCCAAUCCGACCAGAUACCAAGCAGUUCCUCACAAGAUACAGGCCAGACGCCGUGGCUGGAGCCUCUGAGUACAAGUUCGUCGACAUUGCUGGUGGGCCUUCCCAAGACACGGGACUCACACCUGCACAAGCGGAGAAGGGUAUCUCUGUUGAAGCCAAUCUCGACGUCCAGACUAUCGUCGGCAUGACCUACCCCAUGCCUGUCACCGCCUUCUCCACCAACGGUACGCCGCCCGAGAUACCUGAUGCGGCAGCUGGUGACCCCCCUGGAAAUGAGCCUUACCUGGUCUGGAUCAACUACGUCCUUGCCCAGAAAAGCCUCCCCCAGGUCAUCAGCACCUCCUACGGCGACGACGAGCAGACUGUCCCCCUCGACUAUGCCAAGCGGGUCUGCAACGGCUUCGCACAGCUCGGUGCACGUGGCAUUUCUAUCCUCUUCGGCUCUGGCGAUGGUGGCGUGGGUGAUGCUGCUGGUAACGACGGCAGUGUUUGCAUUUCCAACGAUGGGAAGAAUACCACCCAAUUCACGGCCUCCUUCCCUCCUUCUUGCCCAUAUGUCACGGCCGUCGGAGCAACGCAAGGCUUCGAGCCUGAGACCGUGGCCAUGAGACCUGCCAACAGCCUCGGCCCCGAUGGGAAAGUCCACGGAUUUUACGCCUCCGGCAGUGGUUUCAGCCAGUACUUCCCCCGCCCGAGCUACCAAGACAAGGUGGUCCCGCUGUAUGUCAAGGGCCUGAAAGGCGAGCACUCGGGUCUCUUUAACCCCAACGGCCGCGCCUACCCCGACAUCGCCGCCCAAGGUCUCUACUUCCAAAUCGUAUGGAACUCGACCUUCAAGAUCAUCUCCGGGACCAGCGCCUCGUGCCCACUCAUGGCGUCCAUUAUCGCGCUUACAAACGACGCGCUCAUCUCCUCGGGCAAGCGACCGCUCGGCUUCUUGAACCCCUGGCUCUAUAGCGAGGGCUAUAAGGCGUUCACUGAUAUCACGGAGGGCAUUAGUCGCGGAUGUAAUACUACUGGCUUUCCUGCUACCAAAGGUUGGGAUGCAGUCACGGGAUUUGGCACGCCGAUCUUCCCUGAGCUGGUGAGGAUUGCUAAGGAGUGUGCUUAG